AUGUUGUCACGCUGGUCGCGCACGGCUGUUGAUAAAUACUUGGCAUUCCAAGUACUACGCAGCACAGCCGGACGGACACGGGAUUACAGCACCGAUAAAAAAUUCAGCAUCAAAGACGAAGUACUAGAUGGUCGGCCACUCUACCUGGAUGCUCAAGCGACCACAUCGCUGGACCCAAGAGUUCUCGAUGCGAUGAUGCCAUACAUGACCGCGUACUAUGGAAAUCCACACUCGCGAACGCACGCGUACGGUUGGGAAUCGGAGGAAGCUGUCGAGAAGGCUCGUGCACAAGUAGCUUCUCUUAUUGGCGCAGAUCCGAAGGAGAUCGUGUUUACAUCCGGUGCAACAGAAUCGAACAACAUCUCGGUGAAGGGUAUUGCGCGGUUUUAUGGUGUGAAGAAAAAGCAUGUCAUCACUACACAGACGGAGCACAAGUGCGUGUUGGAUUCUUGUCGUGCACUCGAGGGCGAAGGAUUCCAUGUGACGUAUCUGCCCGUACAGUCGAAUGGAUUGAUCAGUAUGGAAGAGCUGGAGAAAGCCAUCACACCGGAAACAUCACUCGUAUCCAUAAUGACCGUCAAUAACGAGAUCGGUGUAAAGCAACCGGUCGGCGAGAUCGGACGGCUGUGCAAAUCGAAGAAGGUAUUCUUCCACACUGAUGCAGCACAAGCCAUCGGCAAGAUACCGGUCGAUGUGAACAAAAUGAACAUCGAUCUGAUGUCCAUCUCAGGGCACAAAAUCUACGGCCCGAAAGGAAUCGGGGCGCUGUACGUGCGCCGCAAGCCACGCGUUCGAGUCGAAGCGAUUCAGAGCGGUGGUGGCCAAGAAAGAGGCCUUCGAAGUGGAACCGUACCAACACCAUUGGUUGUUGGUUUGGGCGCCGCAUGUGACAUAGCGAGCCGCGAGAUGGAAUACGAUCACCGAUGGAUGGAGUUUCUAUCGAAACGAUUGAUGGACAAAAUAUUUGCCGAAUUGCCGCAAGUCAUCCGGAACGGCGAUCCGGUACAUUCGUACCCGGGGUGUAUCAAUCUUUCCUUUGCCUAUGUCGAGGGUGAAUCGUUACUGAUGGCUCUCAAGGAUGUGGCGCUUUCCAGCGGAUCGGCAUGUACCUCCGCAUCGCUGGAACCGUCGUACGUGUUGCGCGCAAUCGGUACGGAUGAAGAUUUGGCACACAGCUCGAUUCGGUUUGGUAUCGGGCGUUUCACGACGAUCGAGGAGGUGGAUUAUACGGCGGAAAAGUGUAUCAAGCACGUCACACGAUUGCGCGAGAUGUCUCCACUGUGGGAAAUGGUACAGGAAGGUGUGGACAUUAAGAGCAUUAAGUGGUCGCAGCAUUAG